CGAACAGCAAGAAAAGACGCAACAUAUGAGCAUGCUCGCACUGACCCGCCACCGGGAAUCCUCCUCCUCGGCCAGGCCAUUGUCGCCACCGUCGCGCCGCCUCGCUUCGCUGCGCUGCUGCUCUCACAAGGCUUUCAUCGUGCUCCUGUGCACCGCGAGCCUGGUGUGGAACUACCAGCUGUGGCUCCUGGCCCGCGCGUGGCGCCUCGAUUCGUGCUGCGCGCCACCCGCAUCCGCUUCCGCAAGCGCCGACGCGGGCGGGAUCCGCACGCUGCCGCUCCUGCUACAGCUCUACGCGUGCACGGGCGUGCUGUGCGCCGUGCUCGGCAUCGCGGGCAUCUGCGCGGCACGCCCGCGCUGGCUCCUGGCGUACGUUGUCCAGCAGACCUCCGACGCCUUCCUCACCGUCUUCUACGCUCUCGUCGUCACGCUCCUCCUCUACCAGCCCGCCGCACAGCGUUCGGUGUGCGCGCUGCUCAGCACCCACGCUUACCCGCCCAGCAGCGACGGCGCGUAUGCGGACGCUGGCAGCCAUGCUGCAGCAGCCGACACAGCGGAAUCAAUAGCAAAGCCGCACGCAGCAGCGGGCACAGCAGCGCAGCAGGCCAGCACGUUCGCGAGCCGGGCGAUGUUGGAGUUGGAGGCGCGCCUCGGCCACUCGCCGUCGCUGUGCACCAACACACUCGUCACGCGCAUCAUCCCCACCGCGCUUGGGCUGCUGUUCAUCUACAGCGCGAUUAGGGCAUACAUCUUCAUCAUCACCUAUCGCUACUACCGCCGCCUCGCAUUCGAAGCGCACCUCGCUGCCGGCGAGAUGCGCUACGACAGUGACGCCGGCGCGUACAUCCUCCUGCAGGAGCCCGACAUUUAUGCCCAGUUCUACCCCACCGGCAGCCGGCCCGGCACGUGCGACGCCGACGCUGACCUUGAGCAAGAGCGUGGGGGGCAGUUCAUUUCACGCCAGGGCUACGCCAGUGACAGCCCCAGCGGCAGUGGUCACACCGAGAUGCAGGAGCACCACAUUGCCCUUCUCGGCACGUUGCGCGCCGAUACCCGCACGCCCGUCAGCGACGCAGGCGACGAGGAGGACCGCAAGGUGCGCGGCACGCCGCAUCGUCGGUCCUUGCGCGCUUGAAAGCUGGGCCACGCCCGGCCGGCCAGUCGAUUCCGUUGCAUAUCCAAUCCGUCUGCACGCACAUGCAAAGGCUAGCUGUCCCAUAUGCUCUGCAUGGAGUUUACACGCUUGUAUACUACUAUUGUUGCUACGCUCACCGGCACUUCGCCAAAACGCAGCGUCCGUAUCGCACUGCGCCCCAUCUCAUUAUCCCCCCUGCCUUUGCCUACGCGUCCCUUGAGCCGUCACGGAGGGCACGACCGAACGGCACGCACUUCGAGCCGGUUCUGGCUGAUGCACGCGAGGCGCUCGGAUGUUUUGAGCGACGCCGCCGCUUCGCUCGACCCCUGCUGCUGUGGCGGCACUGGCUGCCCAAACCGUGGCGCCUCCUCGACAGCAGCGA